AUGGAUGCCUUGGAGAUCCGGUAUUUUGGUGGCGAUGUGGUCAUCCAUUCUAGUGGGGCACUAAAGAGAACAGUUAAAUGCAUUUUAUUUUCAGCUCAAGCUUGUGCAGAUGUUCUGGCAUUAGCCAAAGAAGCUAGAAAGCGAAAUCUUGGUCCUCUUCAUCCUUCCUUUAAUGUGAUAAAGAUAAUAAGAGAUGGACUGAUGAGAAAUCUUCCAGAAAACACUCACCAGUUGUCAUCGGGCAGACUGUGUAUUUCGCUAACCAGAGUAUCAGAUGGUAAAAAUGCAUUGAUAUCUAAUUUUAACUCUAAAGAAGAAGUUGUCCAGGCUUUAAUCUGUAGUUCAUUUGUGCCUAUUUAUUGUGGCCUAAUUCCACCGUCAUUUAGAGGUGUGCGCUAUGUGGAUGGAGGAAUCAGUGACAACUUACCUCACUAUGAAUCUAAGAAUACCAUCACAGUUUCGCCUUUUGCUGGGGAGUGUGAUAUCUGUCCAAAGGGGAAUUCUGCCAACUUUCAUGAAAUGAAUGUGACCAACACCAGCAUUCAGCUCAGUUUGGGGAACCUUUAUCUUGAAUCUCGUUUUAUUUGUCUGACAUUUACCUUAUGCUUGCAGGUACUAGGAGAGAUCUGUGAGCAAGGAUAUUCAGAUGCUCUUAAAUUCUUGAAAGAGAAUGGUAUUCUGAAUGACUCAAUUUAUAUCCACUUGUCCUUCACAAAAAGAAAUCCUCAUGAGGCUGCACAAUACAUUGACCAUAUGAAGAAAAAAAAAUUGACAGAAAAUAACAGAGUAGAAACUUUGAAAAUGGAAGUACUUAAUGACCAGCUGAAGCAAAAUCCAUGGCCUUUGGAGAAGAGCAUAUUUGAGAGUCUACCUCCUAGACUUCGUAAAGCACUGCAGGAAGCAUGUAAAGAACAGAAUGGAUUCUAUGCUCAGUUCUCUAAACUCUUCCCAAUGCGGGUGAUAUCCUAUCUGAUGUUACCGUAUACGCUACCAGUGGAGUCCGCUUACUCUGUUGCUUUACGGCUAGUAAACUGGUUUCCUGACAUGCCUGCGGAUGUUCGAUGGAUGCAAGAACAACUUUGUCGAAUUGCUGGUACAGUUUAUUCCCAGGCUAAAAGCAAGCUGUUCUGUACAUCCAGGAAAGACAAUUAUGCAUCACUAAGAAAAUGUCAAACUGUCCCAUCUACUAUGGAAUUUCAUUCUUCAUACUGCCACCUUAAAACGCCUCACUCUUCUGCGGACCUUGAAACCUGGCUCUGGGAAUCUUCAUGCUUCAUGCACUCAGCUAUGAAAAAUGCUUCUGCUAACAUGCAGGAGCAUUCAGACUUAAACGCCUAUCCUAAUUCUCUCCCAAAUUCUGAUGAGUCUGGGUUGGAAAUAGAUUUUGACUCUUCCUCAGAGACAAGUUUCCAAACUGCUCCAGAGUAUUAAUUUGGAAGUAGAUUCCACAGUUUCCAAAAUUCCAAUUUGGCAGAGAAAUUUAAAUCCUAAAGGACUAAAGGUCACUUUGUUUAUGGCCAGUAAGUCUUGGAAAAUUAUUUGUUUA